AUGUCGCUGGGUGGACAAAUUGCAAUUGUGACUGGAGCUUCGCGUGGAAUUGGUGAGCUAAAAAUUUUUUUUCAAAUUUUUGAUAGAGGCCCCAACAUUUUCCAGGCCGCGGAAUCGCUCUCCAAUUAGGCGAAGCCGGUGCAACUGUCUACAUCACGGGCCGUCGGCCCGAAUCAAGCCUAAAUUCCCAAGUGGGCCUGUCAAGUCUCGAAGAAACCGCGCAAGAAAUCACGAAACGCGGCGGAAAAGGAAUCGCCAAAUAUGUCGAUCAUACAGAUAUGAAAGAGGUUGAGCAGUUUUUUGCGGAUUUUGAGAAGGAAACCGGAGGAAGAUUGGAUAUUUUGGUGAAUAAUGCUUAUCAGGCUGUUCAGGCCAUUUCUGGUGCGAUUUUUGGGGAAUUUUUUUGAAAAAUCAAGAUUAUUGGCCAAUUUUUCCAAAAAAAAAAUGGAAUUUUUGUAGUUUCAGGGCUCCAGAAUCCACGUGGCAAAUUUUCAGCCCAAAAUUUAAGAUUCCAAAAUUCCACGUGGCAAAUCUGUAGGCUAAAAAUCUAGAUAUUGAGAAAAAUUUGAAUUUUUGUAGUUUCAGAUUCCACGUGGCAAAUUUUCAGGCUAAAAAUUUAGAUUUUUGGACCUGAAAUUAUUUUGCCACGUGGAUUCUGGAAUUUUCUGAAAAUCAAAAAAUUCUACUGUUUCGAGAAAAAAAUUGAAAAAUAAUUUUUCUCACAAGGGAAGUGCAUAGGGUUAGGUGUUGAACUUUUGAUGAAACGUUCAAAAUAAACCAAAUCGGCCAUGCUGAUCACGAAUCCGAAGUCAAAAAUUGCCACAAACUCCUGUGAGCACUUUUCUGGAGCUCCAAAGUUGAAAUUGAGUUUUGGUUUUCGUCCAUUUUCACCAAUUUCCUGGGUGGAAAAUCAAUUUUUAUAACACUAAUGAGGUUGUUCUUCACAUUCGAAAACCUAUCAGCUUUUCAGUUUAUCAAAAAAUAUGAAAAACCAGGUCAAAAGUGUAAUUUUCGAAAAUGCACGAAAAACUUUGAAAAACGUGUGUGAUUGUGUGUAUUUUCACGAAAUUCUUAAAAGUUGCAGUUUUCAGCUGGUUUUUCAUAUUUUUCGAAGAACUGAAAAGCGGAUAUGUUUUCGAAUGUGAUGAACAACCUUAUUAAAGUUAUAAAAAUUGAUUUUCCACCCAGAAACAAGGUGAAAAUGGGCAAAAACCAAAACUCAAUUCUAACUUUGGAGCUCCAGAAAAGUGCUCACAGACAUUUGUGGCAAUUUUUGACUUCGGAUUCGUGAUCAGCAUGGUCGAUUUGGUUUAUUUUGAACGUUUCAUCAAAAGUUCAACACCUAACCCUAUGCACUUCCCUUGUCAGAUUUUUUUGGCCAAAAAAAUUUGUAACUCAAAAAUUAAGAUUCUGAAAUUCUACGUGGCAAAUUUUCAGGCUAAAAAUUUAGAUUUUUGGACCUGAAAUUAUUUUGCCACGUGGAUUCUGCAUUUUUUUGAAAAUCAAAAAAUUCUACGGUUUCGGGAAAAAAAUUGAAAAAUAAUUUUUCUGAGAUUUUUUUGGCCAAAAAUUAAGAUUUCAAAAUUCCACGUGGCAAGUUUCAGCCUAAAAAAUUAGAGAAAUUAUUUUGCCAAGUGGAUUCAGAAAUUUUCUGACAAAAAACUUGAAAAAUAAUUUUUCUCAGAUUUUUUUUGGUCAAAAAUUAAGAUUCCCGAAUUCCACGUGGCAAAUCUGGGAGCUCAAAAUCUAGAUAUUGAGCAAAAUUUGAAUUUUUGUAGUUUCAGAUUCCACGUGGCAAAUUUUCAGCCUAAAAAUUUAGAUUUUCAGAUUUUUGGACCUGAAAUUAUUUAGCCACGUGGAUUCUGAAAUUUUUUGAAAAAAAAUUUGGUCAAAAAAAUCCUUCAAGUUUUCUCUGAAAUUGUGCCACGUGGAUUUUCAGUGCUAAAAUUCAGUUUUCAAAAUUUUUGACAUUUCUCAAGUUACCCUAACUCCCAAAAUUGCAGACAACAUGGGAAAACCCUUCUAUACUUAUGAUCCAUAUGUUUGGGAUACUGUGAACAAUGUCGGUUUGAGAAAUCACUAUUUUUGCACGGUGUUUGCGGCGAGAAUUAUGGUGAAAUCUGGAAAUAAAGGAUUGAUUGUGAAUGUUUCGAGUGCUGGAGGAUUACGGUAUUUGUUUAAUGUUGCUUAUGGAGUUGGAAAACAGGCAUUGGAUCGAUUAUCGGCUGAUGUUGCUGUGGAAUUGAGAGUGAGUUAGGGGAACUUGGAAAAAUGCACAGCUUUUUGGCGGACCAAAAAAUCUUAGAAAAAUUAUUUUUCAAUUUUUUUUGAAAACAGAAAAUUCCAGAAUCCACGUGGCAAAAUAAUUUCACGUUCAAAAAUCUGAAAAUCUAAAUUUUUAGGCUGAAAAUUUGCCACGUGAAAUCUGGAGCCCUGAAACUACAAAAAUUCAAAUUUUGCUCAAUAUCUAGAUUUUUAGCUCCCAAAUUUGCCACGUGGAAUUUCGAAAUCUUAAUUUUUGGGUUAAAAAAUCUGAGAAAACUUAUUUUUCAAUUUUUUUUUUCAGAAAAUUCCAGAAUCCACGUGGCAAAAUAAUUUCAGGUCCAAAAAUCUGAAAAUCUAAAUUUUUAGGCUGAAAAUUUGCCACGUGGAAUCUGAAACUACACAAAAAUUCAAAUUAUGCUCAAUAUCUAGAUUUUGAGGUCCCAGAUUUGCCACGUGGAAUUUUGAAAUCUUAAUUUUUGAGUUACAAAAUUUUUUACCCAAAAAAAAUCUGAGAAAAAAUUAUUUUUCAAUUUUUUUCUCGAAACAGUAGAAUUUUUUUGAUUUUCAGAAAAAUUCCAGAAUCCACGUGGCAAAAUAAUUUCACGUUCAAAAAUCUGAAUAUCUAAAUUUUUAGGCUGAAAAUUUGCCACGUGGAAUCUGGAGCCCUGAAACUACAAAAAUUCGAAAUUUUGCUCAAUAAUUAGAUUUUGAGCUCCCAAAUUUGCCACGUGGAAUUUUGAAAUCUUAAUUUUUGGGUUAAAAAAUUUUUUACAAAAAAAAUCUUAUGGGGCUAUUCAUGUUAUUUUUCAACGCUGAGAAAACGGGAGAAAUGCGGAGAAAACCUAUUCAGGUAGGCUGAGAAAAUACGAAAAAAGCGGAGAAAAUGUAUUUCCUCCGCAUUUCUCCUGUUUUCUCAACAUGCUGAGAAAAUACAUGAAUAGCCCCAUUAGAAAAAAUAUUUUUCAACUUUUUUUUUUCAAAAAAAUUGAACCCACGUGGCAAAAUAAUUUCAGGUCCAAAAAUCUGAAAAUCUAAAUUUUUAGCUCCCAAAUUUGCCACGUGGAAUCUGAAACUACAAAAAUUCAAAUUUUGCUCAAUAUCUAGAUUUUUAGCUUCCAGAUUUGCCACGUGGAAUUUUGAAAUCUUAAUUUUUGGGUCAAAAAAUCUGAGAAAAAAUAUUUUUCAAUUUUUUUUUCAGAAAAUUUCAGAAUCCACGUGGCAAAAUAAUUUCACGUCCAAAAAUCUGAAAAUCUAAAUUUUUAGGCUGAAAAUUUGCCACGUGGAAUCUGAAACUACACAAAAAUUCAAAUUUUGCUCAAUAUCUAUAUUUUGAGCUCCCAAAUUUGCCACGUGGAAUUUCAGAAUCUUUUAAGAUUAAAAUUUUUGGGUUAAAAAAUCUGAGAAAAAUUAUUUUUCAAUUUUUUUUGAAAUAGUAGAAUUUUUUGAUUUUCAAUAAAAUUCCAGAAUCCACGUGGCAAAAUAAUUUCACGUUCAAAAAUCUGAAAAUCCAAAUUUUUAGGCUGAAAAUUUGCCACGUGGAAUUUUGAAAUCUCAAUUCUUGGGUUAAAAAAUCUGAGAAAAAUUAUUUUUCAAUUUUUUUCUCGAAACAGUAGAUUUUUUUGAUUUUCAAAAAAAUUCCAGAAUCCACGUGGCAAAAUAAUUUCACGUUCAAAAAUCUGAAUAUCUAAAUUUUUAGGCUGAAAAUUUGCCACGUGGAAUCUGGAGCCCUGAAACUACAAAAAUUCGAAAUUUUGCUCAAUAAUUAGAUUUUGAGCUCCCAAAUUUGCCACGUGGAAUUUUGAAAUCUUAAUUUUUGGGUUAAAAAAUUUUUUACAAAAAAAAUCUGAGAAAACUUAUUUUUCAAUUUUUUUUUUCAGAAAAUUCCAGAAUCCACGUGGCAAAAUAAUUUCAGGUCCAAAAAUCUGAAAAUCUAAAUUUUUAGGCUGAAAAUUUGCCACGUGGAAUCUGAAACUACACAAAAAUUCAAAUUAUGCUCAAUAUCUAGAUUUUGAGGUCGCAGAUUUGCCACGUGGAAUUUUGAAAUCUUAAUUUUUGAGUUACAAAAUUUUUUACCCAAAAAAAAAUCUGAGAAAAAUUAUUUUUCAAUUUUUUCUCGAAACAGUAGAAUUUUUUUGAUUUUCAGAAAAAUUCCAGAAUCCACGUGGCAAAAUAAUUUCACGUUCAAAAAUCUGAAUAUCUAAAUUUUUAGGCUGAAAAUUUGCCACGUGGAAUCUGGAGCCCUGAAACUACAAAAAUUCGAAAUUUUGCUCAAUAAUUAGAUUUUGAGCUCCCAAAUUUGCCACGUGGAAUUUUGAAAUCUUAAUUUUUGGGUUAAAAAAUUUUUUACAAAAAAAAUCUUAGAAAAAAUAUUUUUCAACUUUUUUUUUCAAAAAAAUUGAACCCACGUGGCAAAAUAAUUUCAGGUCCAAAAAUCUGAAAAUCUAAAUUUUUAGGCUGAAAAUUUGCCACGUGGAAUCUGAAACUACACAAAAAUUCAAAUUAUGCUCAAUAUCUAGAUUUUGAGGUCCCAGAUUUGCCACGUGGAAUUUUGAAAUCUUAAUUUUUGAGUUACAAAAUUUUUUACCCAAAAAAAUCUGAGAAAAAUUAUUUUUCAAUUUUUUUCUCGAAACAGUAGAAUUUUUUGAUUUUCAGAAAAAUUCCAGAAUCCACGUGGCAAAAUAAUUUCACGUUCAAAAAUCUGAAUAUCUAAAUUUUUAGGCUGAAAAUUUGCCACGUGGAAUCUGGAGCCCUGAAACUACAAAAAUUCGAAAUUUUGCUCAAUAAUUAGAUUUUGAGCUCCCAAAUUUGCCACGUGGAAUUUUGAAAUCUUAAUUUUUGGGUUAAAAAAUUUUUUACAAAAAAUCUUAUGGGGCUAUUCAUGUUAUUUUUCAACGCUGAGAAAACGGGAGAAAUGCGGAGAAAACCUAUUCAGGUAGGCUGAGAAAAUACGAAAAAAGCGGAGAAAAUGUAUUUCCUCCGCAUUUCUCCUGUUUUCUCAACAUGCUGAGAAAAUACAUGAAUAGCCCCAUUAGAAAAAAAUAUUUUUCAACUUUUUUUUUCAAAAAAAUUGAACCCACGUGGCAAAAUAAUUUCAGGUCCAAAAAUCUGAAAAUCUAAAUUUUUAGCUCCCAAAUUUGCCACGUGGAAUCUGAAACUACAAAAAUUCAAAUUUUGCUCAAUAUCUAGAUUUUUAGCUUCCAGAUUUGCCACGUGGAAUUUUGAAAUCUUAAUUUUUGGGUCAAAAAAUCUGAGAAAAAUAUUUUUCAAUUUUUUUUUCAGAAAAUUUCAGAAUCCACGUGGCAAAAUAAUUUCACGUCCAAAAAUCUGAAAAUCUAAAUUUUUAGGCUGAAAAUUUGCCACGUGGAAUCUGAAACUACACAAAAAUUCAAAUUUUGCUCAAUAUCUAUAUUUUGAGCUCCCAAAUUUGCCACGUGGAAUUUCAGAAUCUUUUAAGAUUAAAAUUUUUGGGUUAAAAAAUCUGAGAAAAAUUAUUUUUCAAUUUUUUUUCUCGAAACAGUAGAUUUUUUUGAUUUUCAAAAAAAUUCCAGAAUCCACGUGGCAAAAUAAUUUCAAGUCCAAAAAUCUGAAAAUCUAAAUUUUUAGGCUGAAAUUUUCGACGUGGAAUCUGGAGCUCUGAAACUACAAAAAUUCAAAUUUUGCUAAAUAUCUAUAUUUUGAGCUCCCGAAUUUGCCACGUGGAAUUUUGGGAGUCUUAAUUUUUGGGUUAAAAAAUCUGAGAAAAAAUAUUUUUCAAUUUUUUUCUCGAAACAGUAGAAUUUUUUGAUUUUCAGAAAAUUUCAGGUCCAAAAAUCUGAAAAUCUAAAUUUUGAGCUCCCAAAUUUGACACGUGGAAUUUUGGUGAAAUUUUUUGAACGGUGCAUUUUUUACUGUUUUUCGCAAAUUCAAAAAUCAAUUAUGAAAAUUUUGAAACAGUGAAAAAAAAUUUUUUUUUUUGAAAAUUUCACUAUUUUUGAUACAGUGAGAAAGUUUUGCUCCAAAAUUCAUAAUUUUCAGAAAAAAAUACGUUUAAAAAAAAUUUGAAAUUCUUCAAACAUUUUUCAAUAGGGCUAAAAUAUUUCUAAACACAAUUUUGGAAAAAAAAUUUUCGAAAUGUCAAAAAAAUCUAGUUUUCUGACUGCUAAAUCGAUGCUAAAAAUUUUUUUCAUUACAGAAAAACAACAUUUGCACGGUGUCUCUUUGGCCAGGCGCAGUUCGAACCGAAUUAAUUCAAAAAUACUUCAUCGACGCCGAUGGAAAACCAAGAGCCAAUGUGAAAAAUGCGGAAGUUUUUUGCGAAUGGCGAAACUGUUGAAUAUCCUGGGAAAGCUAUUGUUGCACUAGGUAAAAUUCGAAAUUUUUUGACGAAAUUCCGACCUUUUUUAGGUCUUGGCCCAAAAUUUCAGCUAAAAAUCAGAUUUUUCCAGCAAAUGACUCACGAAGAAUGUCAAAAACCGGAAAAAUCUUGGUCACCGCCGAUUUGGGUUCCGAAUAUGGAUUUGUGGAUAUCGACGGAGUUAGCCCGAAUAAUUUGCGAAGUUUGUCGUUUUUAUUGGAGAGAAGUGGUUGGACACAAACUGCACAGUAUAUUCCGGCGUGGCUCAAAAUUCCUGGAUGGGUUAUUUGGGCGGGAAGUAGUCGAUUGUAA